AUCUAAAUCUCAUUGCUGUCAUCAAAAGCUUUGUCCAUUCACAAGAAACAUGAGAUAUCUGAAGUCAAGAGCUCUUCCAUCUCACGUUCACAUUCAUAGCUAUGAUUCUAUUAAUGAUACCUUGGAAGUGCUCAUCAAGAAAUCCGUCAGUUUCCGUGACGUUGUGAAGUCGAAACAGAGAUCCAUCAGCUUCGAUGGCAGAGACCCCGAGGCUGCCAUCCUCCAGGCUUUUGGCCCCGGAAACCUGCUGAUCAAAGGAUCUGUGAGCUUUAAUGGCAGAUUUUUGGAGACAAAAGCCUCGGUAAAGAGUCCUAAACCUACCAAUUCUGCUAAUCCCAGAAGUUUCAGGUGUAGUCCUUUGAAGAAGAGAUCUCUGGAGUCAACAUUGGUUGGACCUGACAGCCCGAAGCAUGACGCAGCCUUGAAGCUACAGAAGGUCUACAGAAGCUUUCGGACAAGAAGACAGCUUGCGGACUGCGCCGUCCUUGUAGAGCAGCGUUGGUGGAAGUUGCUGGAUUUUGCGUUGCUCAGGCGAAGUUCUGUCUCCUUCUUCGAAAUCGAGAAGCCCGAAUCAGCAGUCUCUCGAUGGUCCAGAGCGAGAACCCGAGCUGCUAAGGUUGGUAAAGGCUUGUCCAAGGACGAGAAAGCUCAGAAACUUGCUUUGCAGCAUUGGCUUGAGGCGAUUGACCCUCGCCAUCGAUAUGGUCACAAUCUCCAAUUCUACUACAACUGUUGGCUUCAAUGCAAGAGCUUGCAGCCCUUCUUCUACUGGCUCGACGUCGGAGAAGGCAAGGAGGUCAAUCUCGAAGAGCAGUGCACACGAUCGAAGCUUCAACAGCAGUGCAUCAAGUAUCUUGGCCCUACAGAACGGGAGGCAUUUGAAGUCGUAAUUGAGGAUGGAAAGUUGAUGUACAGGCAGAGCAGGCAACCCCUGCACACAUCCGACGAUGGUUCGAAGGAUGUCAAGUGGAUCUUUGUGUUGAGCACAUCAAAGAAUUUGUAUGUUGCUCAGAAGAGGAAAGGCACAUUUCAGCACUCCAGUUUUCUUGCUGGAGGAGCUACUUCUGCUGCUGGCCAAUUAGUAGUGGUAAAUGGAGAUCUAAAGGCUGUGUGGCCUCAUAGCGGUCACUACCGCCCGACCGAAGAAAACUUCCAGGAAUUCAUGAGCUAUCUUGAGGAAAACAAUGUCGAUCUUACUUAUGUUAAGAAAAGUCCAACAGGAGAGGAGGAAGACGAAGUCUAUGGGCCCGAAACCAUUAGUUUCAUUGGAACGGACAUCUCUUCAGCCGAGGAAGUGAACAGUAGCAGUUAUCUUUCUGAUCUAAAACUCGGAGGAGGAGAAGAAGAGGCGAAAGGAUCCAUUGACAUGCAGCAAAACUGCAAGCUUCACAAGAAGAUUAGUGUCAACGAUCACGAAGAGAACGAAGAAGAGUCAUCGAACUCCAAUGAGCAAUACAUCUUCCGGAAGAAGAAUCUGUUUGCGGAGGAGGAAGGAGAGGACGUACAAGUUUUUGUGCCAUCGGAGCUGAUACUUCGAAGGAUCAACUCGAAGAAGGGAAUCGAGUCGUAUCAGCUGGGGAAGCAGCUUUCGUGCAGGUGGACGACUGGCGCAGGGCCUCGAAUUGGGUGCGUGCGAGACUACCCAUGGGAGCUUCAGUUCCGUGCUUUGGAGCAGGUGAACUUGUCAACGACAAGGUUCGGGACUGUCAAGUGCUUCACUCCUACUACCAAGGACACGACUUUGACGAAGAAACUGCAGCACCAACCACGAAGACCUGCCAACGUUCGGAGAAGAAACCAAUCUCUUUAA